AUGCCUCGCUUCGAGAAGUCAAAUGGAAGCAAACCGAAACAAACCAGACCCAAGUUAGACUGGACGUUCGUGCAGAGGUUCUGCAGUAUUCUGAAGGUUCUGUUCCCGUCAUGGAGCAGUCCGAUUGUCCUCAUGUUUGCUACGCUGCUUGGAGUCACUUUAGCAGAGCAGCUGAUCAUUUACCAAGUAGGCGUCCUUCCCAGUCGCUUUUACAACGUGCUGGCCGACAAGGACAACGAGGGCUUCAAGAGCCUUCUGCUCACUGCAGGGCUAGUUAUUAUACUCAACUCCACUUUGAAAAGUUUGGACCAGUACAUCGCUAGCUUGAUGUAUGUUAACUGGAGGAAGACGCUAACGGAGAGUCUACACAAGGCCUACUUUCAGGGGCGGGUCUACUACACCCUCAAUGUUCUCCGAGAAGACAUCGACAACCCCGAUCAGCGAAUAAGUCAGGAUGUGGAAAGGCUGUGCAAGCAGAUGAGUGCCAUGGCAAGCCGGCUGAUUGUGUCACCAUUCACGCUGACGUAUUAUACCUACCACUGUUUCUACAGAUUCAAGCACAUGCAGAUCCGAGUCAACGCUGAGUCGGCGGCUUUUUACAGGGCCGGUAUAGUGGAGCACAUGAGGACGGACAGACGCCUGCAAACUUUGCUGAAAACUCAGCAAAGUCUAAUCAACAAUCAGCUGUGGCUCUCUCUGGGGGUCAACACUUUUGAUUUCAUGGGCGGAUUCCUCAGCUACAUCAUCAUCGCCAUUCCCAUUUUCGCCGGACUCUAUGACGGUUUAACACCUGGCGAGCUCAGCGCACUCAUCAGCAGGAACGCCUUCGUGUGCAUCUACCUGAUCAACUGCUUCACGCAACUACUGGACCUUUGCACCACGCUGUCAGACGUAGCUGGUUACACCCACAGGAUCGGCGAGCUGAAGGAAGUGAUGGACGACGUCCUACGCGAGCAGUGUGACUACGACCCGGCUUCGGGGGAAAGCUACGACUUCGACAGUGACUUCAACAUUCACGGUGGCCCCGUUGACACGGCUUUUAUUGUGGACCACCUGUCCUACAAGUCCCCCUACUCGGAUCAGCGUCUGGUGGAGGACCUGAGCCUGACCGUGAGUGAAGGCAUGCAUCUUCUGGUGGUGGGCAACACCGGCACGGGCAAGACGUCGCUUUUGAGGGUCCUCAACAGGCUGUGGGAGGCCGAGCAAGGUUUCGUCCAAAUGACUACAUGCUUCGGGCCAAGAGGAACCCUCUUCCUGCCCCAAAAACCAUACCUGACGGAUGGCACCCUGCGUGAGCAGGUUAUAUACCCACUCAAGGACAUUUACCCUGCAUCAGGGUCUGUUGAUGAUGACAGAAUAAUGAAGUUUCUGGAGCUGGCAGGGGUGUCAAGUCUGGUGAAGCGGACAGGUGGUCUGGAUAAAGUUGUGGACUGGAACUGGUACGACGUUCUGUCUCCUGGUGAGAUGCAGCGUCUUUGUUUCGCUCGACUCUUCUACCUGCAGCCCAAAUACGCAGUUCUGGAUGAAGCCACCAGCGCCUUGACAGAGGAAGCGGAAGCCAAACUGUAUCGCACGUGUAAGCAGCUUGGCAUGACGCUCGUCAGCGUGGGACACCGCACAAGUUUGGAGAAGCACCACGACUUACAGCUGAAAUUAUGUGGCGACGGCGCCUGGGAGUUGAAACGGAUUAAAGUGAAUCCGACAGAGACCGCCAUGUGA